GAGAGGGGAGAAGGUUUUUCAGACCCUAGGGGUGUUUUGCUAAAGACUGGAACCGGGUUCGAGACCUGGUUCGGGUACGGAUAGAGGUUUUUAACCGUUAAAGAGGAAUAGUUCUGAUUUUGGUUCGUAAUCCAACAGGCGGUUCUCUGAUUCUUAAAUGUAAUAUAUGAUCUUCUACGGUAGUGGAAAAAUGAUGGGAUAUAUCAGAGGAAAAUAAUUGUGAAUACAAAAGAGAUACUUUGAAAAAUAGGAUUUCUGAUUUGUUCAGUCGUAUAGAUAAAGGAAUACUUUGAACAAAGACAUUCUUUCUUAGACUGCCAGCCUGAAAUUCAUCAGUUGAAGAAACUGAGUUAUGGAAUUCUGCAUCAAAAGAGCGCCAAAAAUAAAGAAUGAAACAAAACUUUCUGCUGGAAGAGUAACAGAAAUUGCUUAUUUUUGCAUAUGUUGACUAGAAUUGUUGAAAGUUAAAAUUUCUUUUUUGUUAAACCGAAGUGAAAACAGUCGGGGAAAAAAAUCGUUUCUUCCAAAUUGUUAACUUUUUGAAAAGUAAUACUUUACUAAUCUUGCAUGAGGUCACUGUGAUAAAACAACUAUUCAGAUUAGAAACUUUUAUAUGCUUCGGAGUAAUAUUAGCAAUAAAUGUGUCUAUAAUUCUUCUCUUAUGACACUUGUUAGAAGGUUUUAAACUCUGAUGAAAUUUUGAUGACUAUCGUUCAACGAUAACUAUUAAUUGAAAAUUAAUUUCAAAUAAUUAUUCCUUUUCAUAUUCUGAGUUAUCAAUAAUUACUGUUUACAACCACAAUGGGAGCUAAAAGCGUUUCCCAUUUAAUUAUAAAAGGAUUUUAAUAAAAGGACAGUUGUACUGAAUGUGUUUAAUCGAUGGAUCAAAGAAAACUCUUGUGUUCAAUUGCAUUGCCAAUUAUUAAUUUUACUAUUUUUAUCCUGGAUUUUCAAUGUAAAUAUUUUCGAUGAUUUUUGGUGGUACUAACUUAUUCUCGUCGUCCUAGGCUCUAGUUAAAUAACUGCAUUGUCGUUCUUAAUACAGUAAGAACAUUGAACUUACUCUUAUAAGAGUACAAUCCUAGUUCUGGAAGAAAAAGACAAAUAUGACGGACCAACAACGCACACGAUAUUUACAUUAUGUCUUUCAAGUAGUGUUUUCAUAGUACUUCUACUACUACUAAUGAUGAUGAAGAAAAUGUCUGAUCCAAACAAAUGAACUUUCUUGGAACUUUCCAUUCACAAAGAGCGUCAACUGCUACGAUGAACUUCUUUUACCAUUCAUAAUGUUCCAAUAAUGGACGUAGGUAAUAGAUUACUCAAUUAGUAGAAAAUAUUAGAGCACCACCUUAAAAUGAACCUGGACGCCGAGAACCGGGUUGUCCUGAACGUUGGAGGCAUCCGGCAUGAAACAUACAAGGCCACUCUGAAGAAAAUUCCAGCCACCAGACUCUCCAGGCUGACAGAAGCCUUAGCGAAUUACGACCCUGUCCUCAAUGAGUAUUUCUUCGAUCGCCACCCCGGUGUCUUCGCUCAAAUUCUGAAUUAUUACCGUUCUGGUAAGCUGCACUAUCCCACCGAUGUCUGCGGCCCCCUUUUCGAAGAGGAGCUCGAGUUCUGGGGCCUGGACUCUAACCAAGUCGAACCGUGCUGUUGGAUGACGUAUACUCAGCACAGAGACACCAAAGAGACCUUGGCGGUGCUAGACCAACUGGAUUUGGACACCGAGAAGCCAAGUGAUGAAGAGAUCGCCAUGAAGUUCGGGAUGGAGGAGGAGUUUAAGGCUGGGACGCUCUCAUGUUGGCAGAAGAUUAAGCCAAAGAUGUGGGCACUUUUUGACGAGCCUUAUUCUUCUACCCCAGCUAAGGUCAUUGGCAUCAUGUCAGUCUUCUUCAUCUGUGUCUCUAUCCUCUCCUUCUGCCUCAAAACCCACCCCAACAUGCGCGUGCCUGUCAUCCGGAAUGUAACCGUGCGCACCUCCCCACCCAACGCCGACACCAACAUCUCGACGCACGCAUGGACACUCGACAAGACUCACACGUAUCCACACGACGUCUUUUUCUACAUCGAGUGCGUCUGCAAUGCCUGGUUCACCUUCGAGAUCACGGUCCGGUUCAUUGCCAGCCCCCGGAAGAGCGAAUUCGCCUGCGGGGCUGUCAAUCUCAUCGACUUCACGGCCACCCUCAGCUUCUACAUUGACCUGGCACUGCAACGAUUCGCAUCGCACCUCGAGAACGCAGACAUACUCGAGUUCUUCAGCAUCAUCCGCAUCAUGCGGCUGUUCAAGCUCACACGCCACUCGGCCGGACUCAAGAUACUCAUCCAGACCUUCAAGGCCAGCGCUGGGGAACUCAUCCUGCUGGUCUUCUUCCUGGUCCUGGGGAUCGUCAUAUUCGCCUCCCUCGUCUACUAUGCGGAAAGGAUACAGUACAACCCUACCAAUGACUUUAACAGCAUACCACUCGGACUCUGGUGGGCGCUGGUCACGAUGACAACUGUUGGGUACGGGGAUAUGGUACCGAAGACUUACGCGGGAAUGUUCGUCGGUGCCCUCUGUGCACUGGCCGGCGUGCUGACCAUAUCACUGCCCGUGCCGGUCAUCGUAUCGAAUUUCGCCAUGUUUUAUUCUCACACGCAGGCAAGGGCGAAGCUGCCGAAAAAGCGGCGAAGGGUGAUGCCGGUAGAACAGAUCAGGGGGCACGCGAUGAGGAGUCAGGUGCCCAUGAGGUCCGAGGGCCCCCCACCGGCAAGAAGGAUCAAUGCCCUUAAACAGAACAUACCCAAGGAUUUCCUAGGAGGAACUAGAGCAGGUGGCAACAAUCGUGAAGAGACGAUCCCCAUGUUGAUGCUGAAUCAUUCGGACAGCAGGGAAGACUCCCUCCCCAAGCCCGGUGCCACAAGCGGGUCGCGGAGCGACUCCAGCUCGAGAAUCGAAGUAGGCUUAGGACCAGCAUCUUCCUCACCCACGGCAUCUCAGGUGCAACCCAAAGACCAGGCCGGGUCAGCAAACUGCACGAGGCAUCCUACGACAAGCAACGGUGUUCCAAGCCCCGCCGGCAGCCAGCGACCCGCUUACACUACGCAACCUGCAGCCCUCAACCUCAUGCAGUUCGUGGAACCUUCCCCUGGACCCCCAGGCGGCCCCUCUCCUCCCAAGACCCCAUCCCCAGCUUCUGUGGCGGCCGCAGAGGCAUGAUCUGCAGCGUCCUCAGCCUGCACCGAGCUUUAUCCAUAUCAACACGACUGACAAGGGAAGAAGGUCUGCAACACAUUGUACAUCUCACACUCUAUGCCGCUUCAACACGCGUACAGAGAAAUACACUCAUGCUUCCAGUAGUACAGUAAAAAAGAGACGGACAUUGGCGGCUCAUGGUCAUUUUUAUAUGUCUAAACGUUUUGUACACGAUCGACUCUCUUCAGUGGCUUCGUCUUACUAGAACACCGGACCCACGAAUACGAAUGUGUAACAGAAUUAUCAAGGUCCAAAUGUAAGUCUUUUUGAUGCUUUUACAAUAAUGAAACUUCUGGAGUACUUUUCCGUUAUAGGAGCAGCAUU